AUGGAAGGGAAGAGUGAACUGAUCGGUGCCCCUGCGACGGAUAGCCCGCAGACAAUCAUGGAUCGGUUCAGGGAUUGUGUGGCUCGAUAUCCUGAUAACCUGGCCGUUGUGUGUACGCACCAGCCGGCAGGUCUGUAUGGGUGUCAGAGUGUUGCAUUGGAAGAUGAGGUGUAUAAGAAUAGUCCGUAUCUGAGGUGGACCUAUCGUGACCUUGCACGAGGUGUGCAGCGUCUUGUUGCUGCUUUCGGUGGAAAGGAAAUUACUCGUGGCACACCGCUGUAUAUGUUUUCCUCCAAUCGUGUCGAGUACGUCAUGACGACUCUCGCUGCUUAUACCCUUGGCCUCGUGCAUGUUCCUCUCAACCCAACCAGUUUGGAGAAUGCUGCCGAGGUGAGGCAUAUGAUCCGCACUGUCGUUGAGUUCCAAACGUCUUCAUCUGCUGUCAUUCUUGCCAACGAUGUUGGCAUUGCCAAUGCGUUGGAUGAGAUCAAGCCUGAUGACCUCACGUGUGCAAAGAUAAGUGGCGCCGAAAGGUCCGUCCUCUUCACGAGCGGCACUACCUCUCUCCCGAAAGGAUGUCUCAUCAAAGUGCCUGCCUGGGUUGACACAUUGAACUCCUCAUUGAGUCUGGGGACUCUCCAACCAAGUGAUCUCGUGGCCGUCGCAGUCCCCAAUAACCAUGCCUUUGGAUGGAUCUGCUUGAUGAUCCCUCUGCUCCGUGGAACUGCCGUCGCCUUUGCUGGUCCCAAGUUCGCACCCGGUGCUACUCUCGAUGCCAUCCAGCAGGAGAAAUGUACUCAUCUCACCAUGGUCCCAACUAUGCUGCAUAGCAUCGUGCAGGUCAAGUCGGAAUAUAAACAACGCACUGACAGUCUCCGGGGCUUUCUCUUCGGCGGCAUGACCAUGUCCCCUGCUUUCUUGAAGAUGUGCCAGUAUGAUCUCGGUGUUCCGACUAUCGAGAACCUCUUCGGAAUGACAGAAGGUGUCUUCUCUUGUACUGGUAUCGUAUCUGAUAUGCAAGGCAUAGUCAAUGAGAUGGAUGUCUCCAUCGGCCAUCCUAUCCAUGGCUCUCAUGUCCGUAUCUGCGCACCGGGUGAACGAACCCCCUUGCCCAAGGGUGAGCUCGGACAACUUCACUUUUCUAGCUCUACCAUGAUCGAUGGAUACAUGGGGAAAGACAGUGAUGAUUUCUACGAAGCUGACGGAAAGCCGUGGUUUAUCACCGGUGACCAGGCAUUCGUCGACACCAGCAACCGUCUCUAUAUCACAGGGCGAUACAAGGAUCUCGUCGUCCGUGGUGGAGAGAAUUUGUCUGCAGCGAAGGUCGAAGCUACUCUUGGUGAUGUUCCUGAAUUGAGGUCAUUGGAACCGCAGAUUGUGGCUGGUAAAGAUCCGAUUGCUGGGGAAGUGCCAGUCCUCAUCGUCAACGAGGAUGUGGAUCAGAGUGUCGUCAAGCAGAUCAAGGACACUAUUCGCGAGAGAUUGGGUGUUAUUUAUGUUCCGAAUGAGGUUAUUUCUUUGCAGGCUUUGCAGUUGCAGGACUAUCCUCGCACGACGUCAGGAAAGAUCCAAAAGUCCCAGGUUGCGGGUGUGGUUCACAAGUAUCGCGAUGCAAAGUCAAAGGCAAUGAGUGAAGAUAGCUUGGGAGACGAUCUCAAAAGCAAGGUUAUUCGAGAAUGGUCUCGUGUUCUUGGUCUCGAAGUCAACCAGAUCGACAUCAACAUUUCCAUCUCCAAACUGGCCGACAGCAUCCUCCUGUUGAGUGCCCGUGACAGAAUCAGAAAGGAAACUGGUCGCAGUGUUCCUCUGUCUGAAUGGACUGCGGUCGACAGCAUCGCAGAGCAGAUCCAGCUGCUUGAAAAUGUUUCCUCGAGCCAGAAUACUCUGAUGGCACAGCCUAAACGUGCUGGUCCGCCGUCUGUAGAUGAUAUUGUUCAUCUUGGUGGUGAUUCGGAAGAAUUUGAUGCGACGAAGGCUGCUGUUGAAUCUGCCAUCAAUAGCUAUGGACUGUCAUGGGAAGAUGUUGACGAUGUGAUGCCAACGACCGACUACACUGCUGCCCUGUGCAAGUCGAGAUGUAUGGAUAUGUGCCGGAUUGGAUCGUCGACGAUUGUCAAGGAUGUCGAUGGAACUAAACUGCGCAACGCCCUCGAAGCAGCCCUGGCCAUCAAUCCCAUCUUGACCUCUUUCUUUGUCGGCGAUGAAGACCGUCUCGGACCGGAUGUGUCUCUGCAUGUCACCAUUGGCCAGACCAAGUCCUUCUUGGAUAGAUGCAUCUCAGACUACGGCGUCAUCAACACGAUGGAUGAAGUGAAGAGCAUGGUGUUGAACUAUCCCUUCCGUGACCAUGCUCUCCUUCCUGGCCCUCUCUUCCGCGCCAUGAUUGCUUUUGUCCCCGAGAUCAACUCUCACGUUCUCAUCACCUACAUCUCCCACACCGUCAUCGACAAAACCUAUCACGGCCUCUUCAUGGAAGACAUCGACCGCGCCCUCACCAACCAGCCUCUUCGCCCUCACGUCCCCUUCAAGCACUGGGCUGACUCCUAUCACACCCUGCGCACUUCUCCGAUGGCCAACACCGCCGUGCGCUUCCACGCCAACUAUCUCAAAGACAUCCACGACCACAAACACGCUCUGUGGCCUCAUCCCACCAAGACCAUCACCGUCUCUCCAGACCGCAAAGACAUCGACGGCCACUUCACCUCCUUCCCUGCCCCUUCCUUCCUCCGUCUCCGCGAUAAACACCCCGGCAUCACACCCCCCAUCAUCAUGAAGUCCGCCCUCGCCCUGCUCGCCAUCUACCACACAAACCACACCCACGCCCUCUUCGGCAACUUCGAGGCAGCCCGCAAACAAUAUCCCUUCGUCCCAGACUCGUACAACUUCUCCGAUGCAGCAGACGUAGGCGGGCCCACCUUCACCGGCGUCCUCAACCUCGUCGACUACCAGCCCGAAGAAACAGUCCUCGCCUACCUCCAGCGCAUGCAGCACUACCAGGCAAAACUCACCCAACACGCCAGCGUCCCUUGGAACGAAGUCUUCCGCAAGCUGGGCGGCUCCGCAUCUGAAGUCCUCUCCGCCGUAACCAGCUCGCUCAACUUCAACUGGAUGCCCGGUCUGGGCGCGAUGAUCCGUGGCGGAAACCCGUACGAGAAACUGGAGCUCGCGCAGGUCAGCGCCCGGACCAAUGUGGGUAUGGUGGUGAAUUCUGGGGCGAUUGGAGAUGACGGCAGCCAGAUUGUGAUUCUGAUCCAGGGGGCUGUGUCGAAUCGGUCGACGCAGUGGGUGACGAGGGUUGCGGAGCAUCUGAAGAAGAUUGCCCUGUGGAUGGCGGAUGAGCAGUCGUAUGAUAGGCCAGUGGGGGAUUUUAUCGAGUGUUUGGAUUAUUUUUGUUCUCUUCUUUAG